AUGGAGCAAGCGGACGGGGAAACGAUCGCCCCGUCGAUUCCCACAACGUCAUAUCAAUGUCAAGAGUUGAUUCUCUUUGGGAGUCUCCGCAGCGAACACGUCGAGAAUUUGGAGGCACGACUUGCCGGACUUUGCGACAAAAGCUGCCAGGAGUUUCAGGAACACGAAUUGACGUGUACUUUGCGCGUGACUCCGUCGGCAACUUCUCUUUCAUCACAAUCGAAUGUCACUGUUAGACUCCGCCGUGUCUUCAACUUUGACAUCAUGAAUCAAACGGCGAACAAAUGGCAUAUGAGGUACAUGGGAAUGCCCGAACCAACAGUUAAAUGCCCGGUUAUCGUUCGAAAAGUGAUCGACUCGGUGAUGCACUCGGUGAACAUGAUGGAGUUCAUCAAAGCGUUGGGUCUCCGCAUGGAAUACGAGUACAUCACAGAGGGGAAAGUGUACACGUGCGGGAAGAUUAAAAUCGUGUUGAAUAAACUGAAGAAAUGCGAAUCGCCGGGAAGAUACGAUGUAUCGCACGUGAAACCGUUCACAAAUGCCGUCCUGGUCGAAGUCUCGACAGCGCUUCCAGAUGGUGUAGAGUAUAUGCAAGAGGCGAAACAACUCCGCGCUUUUGCCGAUCAGCUACUCCCAUUGGUGAAAAUGGAGAAGAUUGAGUACUGGAAGAAA